AGUGUAAUGCAAGUCUUACUAUGACCAUAAUUAGAGCAACUUGCAGAUCUUUCAGACUGGAGACUUGGUCUCACAGAAUGGACUCCAUAAAUAUAACAACGCAACAAAACAAAACACGUAUCACGUAUCAAGUAUGAUUUCCAAGAUAAACUCCCGAUUCUUCGUUUUUACAUGCCUUCUCUUAUCUUGCACUUCCACAAGCAUCAUCACUCCAGAUAAGCCUCUUAGAGACGGCCAUGUUAUCGUGUCUGCACAAGAAAAUUUCGCCCUGGGAUUCUUUAGCCCGGGUAACAGUAGCAGCAGAUAUGUAGGUAUUUGGUACAACAAAGUGUCAGUACAAACGGUGGUUUGGGUGGCUAACAGAGAUAAUCCUAUUAAAACUAAUUCGGGUGUUCUGUCGGUAGAUGACAGGGGCGGUCUUGUUCUGUAUGAUGACAACCGAAAGCCACCUGUUUUCGUAUGGUCGACUCAUGUUUCGAAUAAGUCAUUCGUUGUAAGUUCAAAUUACUCCGCGGAGCUCUUGGAUUCAGGAAAUUUGGUUGUGCGGCAAGAUGAUAAGGACAAAGAUUUUUUGUGGCAGAGUUUUGAUUAUCCUACUGAUACUCUACUUUCCAAUAUGAAGAUUGGAGUGGAUCGAAGGUCUGGUCUGAACCGCGUCCUGACAUCCUGGAAGUCAGAAGAUGAUCCAGGGACAGGAUCGUAUUCACUUAUGAUUAAUGACAAUGGAUCAAUUGCCCAGAUGAUUUUGUACAGGAAUCGGGAGCCGUUAUGGCGCGGAGGACCUUGGAAUGGACUCGGAUGGACUGGUGUACCUGAUAUGACAGCUGAUUUCAUCUUCAAUAUAAGCUAUGUUGACAAUCCUGAUGAGGUCUAUUUGAUUGAUUAUAUUCGUAAUGCUUCGAUUAUAUCAAGAAUGACGGUUAAUGAGUCCAUGGGGACGCUCCAACGACUCACCUGGCAGCAAGGCGACCGCAAGUGGUUUAACUUCUUUUCAGCGCCCAGGGACCAAUGUGACAUAUUCAGUCACUGUGGUGCAUUCGGUGAUUGUAAUGUCUACGAUGCGGGUGUGUACGAGUGCAGAUGUCCUCCAGGGUUCGAGCCAAAAUCACCGCGGGACUGGAACUUAAGGGAUGGGUCACAAGGUUGUGUUCGAAAGAGAGAAGGCCGAGUGUGUGGAAAUGGAGAAGGAUUCAUCAAGUUGGGUAAGAUGAAGCUACCGGACACUACUAAAGCAAGGCUAGAAAAGAAGUUGGGUUUAAAAGGUUGUGAGGACUUGUGCUUGAAGAAUUGCUCGUGUAUGGGCUACUCGGCGGCUGAUAUACGUGGAGGAUCAAAUGGAUGCAUUACAUGGUACGAUAAACUGGUAGACUUGAGAGAGUUUUCAGGUGGAGGGCAGGAUUUCUACUUGCGUGUGGAUGCUGUGGAGUUAGCUAACUAUUUGAAGAAGCCGAAGAGAUUCCCAGGCUUCCUCAAGAUUCUACUUUUUGUGCUUCUGAGUGCUUCAGUUUUGGUUCUGCUCAGUCUCGCUUAUUGGUUAAUCAUGAAGAAACAGAGAGAUGGAGAAGAGGUUAAUGAACUAGGCACAAGUACUAUUGAUGUCAAGUUCUAUCCUCUGAGCACUAUAUUAGCUGCAACUGAGAAUUUCUCCCUUGCUCACAAAGUCGGAGAAGGUGGUUUUGGCACUGUGUAUAAGGGUACACUUGAUAAUGGACAAGAAAUUGCGGUGAAAAGAUUAUCAAACACGUCGGGGCAAGGGAUCGAGGAAUUUAGGAAUGAGGUAACGCUGAUAGCAAGGCUUCAACACCGGAAUCUUGUCACGCUCUUUGGAUUCUGCGUUCAGAAAGAAGAGAAAAUGCUGAUAUACGAGUACUUGUCGAACAAGGGCUUAGAUGGCUUUCUAUUCGAUAAUGAAAAAAGAUACAUGCUAGACUGGAAAAGACGGUUUGAUAUCACUUUGGGCAUCGCUCGAGGGAUGGUAUAUCUUCAUCACGAUUCAAGAUUAAAAAUCAUUCACAGAGAUUUAAAAGCAAGUAAUGUUUUACUAGAUGCUCACUUGAAUCCAAAAAUAUCAGACUUCGGAAUGGCUAGGAUAUUUGGAAGCGAUCAAAAUGAAGAAACAACGAGGAGAGUAGUCGGAACAUACGGUUAUAUGUCGCCAGAGUACGCAAUGGAAGGUCUUUUUUCGAUAAAAUCAGAUGUUUUCAGCUUCGGAAUUCUACUCUUGGAAAUCAUUCUGGGAAGAAAGAACAGCACUUACUAUGCUGAAAACGCCGUUAAUUUAGUAGGACAUGUUUGGGAUAUGUGGGGGAAAUCAAGAGCCAUGGAACUAGUUGAUCAGUCGCUUGGUAAUGAUCCCGAAAUUCUCAGAUGUAUCCAGAUCGGGCUAUUAUGCGUGCAAGAAUCCGCCACAGCAAGACCAAGCAUGUCAGAAGUAGUGUUUAUGUUAUGCAGUGACAUACAUCUUCCUCCACCAGGCCAGGCUGCAUUUAUUUUCAGAACUGAAAAUUUUGGUCCUGCAAACACGGGAUCUGAGAGUGUUGGAGCACUCUCUGUUAAUGAGCUCACAAUUAGUAUGGUUCAAGGUCGCUAAAUCCAACGAUGAAGUGAACAAGUUAUGUAGUUUCCGACUAAGAGCUGUCGCAGUAAUGUUUCGAAUGUAAAGUUAGGAUUUGAUGUGAAUGCAUAUAUGUGCUCUCAGUAUAUCUAAUGUGUGCGCCUGUUAGAUAGGCAAUGAGUAUGCACAUAUAAAUACAGUUUCAGAUCACAAUUUGAAUUCAAAAGGAUUCAAAUUGUUGUAGUA